ACAGGUUCAAAGUCAUUGCCCAUGAUGCAAUUGAUGUGGUAACAACGCUCGAAACGUUCGCUGGCCACAAGUCCAACGCACACAGUUUUUACUGAACUGCAAAAAAGCAAAACUUUUCAAAAAGUGCAAAAAAAAUCAAAAUUGCCAAAAAAGCAUCCCUGCUUAGUGUUUGCUGGAAGAAUAAAAAACUCAAUAAAAUUUGUGUUGUGAAAGUGCGCUUUUGUGACAAAUUGUAACGGUACGCCAAACGUUAACGUGCAACAAAAGAAAUAAUUUUCUGUUUGCUGUGUGUAGAGACUCCUUUGACGUGUUUCCGAAAUAUACAGUUAUAUAUAGCAGUAUCUAUUUCGCAGUGCAAUAAUAAACAAAAAAUAAAGUAAAAACGGGCCAACUCAAUAUUAGAAUAUAUUGAAAUAACUGCAAAUAAGUGUCGCAUCCUUGCUGUGCAAUAAGAAAAUCGAAAAGAAUAUUUUUCGUUAAAAAUACAUAACUACCAAGUGUGUAGAAAAAUUGUGAGAUUUUUCAAAAAUACACCAAGUGCUUAAAAAGUGAUUUGAAAAUUUUUUGAAGAAAAAUUUGACUUCUGAGAAGCUGAAAAACUUUCAAAAAUCACAAACAACUGGAUAUUUAUGCCAUUUGGAUACGCUAAGCGGAUUUGCAAUUGCUAAAAAACAGUGCUAUAAGCGCUGCUACACGCUGUCAAAGCAAUCAAUUGUUGUUGUUGCAGCAUCAAAUAAGGCUCAUUGGCCACAAGAAGGCACUUUCAAAGCAAAAUCUUUAACUAAAAGUCACAGCAACAGUGUGACAACUCUACUAAACAAUAAAACAAAGAUGCGAUUACUACACCGUCAAAGCACCGCCAUCAUGUCCGGUUGGACCGCGCCGUCCGCCAAUCUGCGUUUUGUGCUCGUACUCUGCCUGGCUGUGGCGCUACUGCCCAGCCCCGGUGCGGCGCGCAUGGCUUUCGAGAAGCUGACAGAUUUCGAUUUCGCCGGCACCACAUACUACAGCGUGAAGAAUCUGUCGCUGUACGAGUGUCAGGGUUGGUGUCGUGAGGAGGCCGAUUGCCAGGCGGCCGCAUUCAGUUUUGUCGUCAAUCCAUUGUCGCCAUCGCAGGAGACACACUGUCAACUGCAGAACGAUUCGUCCGCGCACAAUCCAUCGGCGGCGCCACAACGUUCCGCCAACAUGUAUUAUAUGGUGAAAUUGCAGUUGCGCAGCGAGAAUGUCUGCCAUCGGCCGUGGGCGUUCGAGCGUGUACCCAAUAAGAUAAUACGCGGUCUCGAUAAUGCGCUCAUCUACACCAGCACCAAGGAGGCCUGCUUGUCGGCUUGUUUGAAUGAGAAACGUUUCGUUUGUCGUUCGGUCGAAUAUGAUUACAAUAAUAUGAAAUGUGUUUUGAGUGAUUCGGAUAGACGUAGCUCGGGUCAAUUUGUACAGCUGGUCGAUGCGCAAGGCACGGAUUACUUUGAGAACUUGUGUUUGAAACCGGCGCAGGCGUGUAAGAAUAAUCGUUCGUUUGCCGUCGCACGCGUGGGUGUAUCCGAGGAAAAGGUGGCACAAUAUGUUGGUCUCCACUACUAUACCGAUAAGGAAUUGCAAGUGACAUCGGAGUCGGCUUGCCGCUUGGCUUGUGAAAUCGAAACAGAGUUCUUGUGUCGCUCAUUCUUGUACCUUGGUCAGCCACAGGGUUCACAAUACAACUGCCGUUUGUUCCAUUUGGAUCAUAAGACACUGCCCGAUGGUCCUUCAACCUAUUUGAACCAUGAACGUCCACUGAUCGAUCAUGGUGAACCCAUUGGUCAAUACUUUGAAAAUGCUUGCGAGAAGACCACCUCACCACCCGGCACUUUGGACAAAUUGGACACACUGCCAGUCAGUCUAGACACCACCGAAGAUCCCAACUUGACCAACAUCACCAGAAAUGACGUGAACUGCGAUAAGACCGGCACCUGUUAUGAUGUCUCCGUGCACUGCAAAGACACCCGCAUCGCUGUACAAGUCCGCACCAACAAACCAUUCAAUGGCCGUAUCUACGCUUUGGGCCGUUCGGAGACUUGCAAUAUCGAUGUUAUCAACUCGGACGCAUUCCGUUUGGAUCUGACCAUGGCUGGACAAGACUGUAAUACGCAAAGUGUGACCGGCGUCUAUUCGAAUACUGUCGUACUCCAGCAUCACAGCGUUGUUAUGACCAAGGCCGAUAAGAUCUACAAAGUUAAGUGCACUUACGACAUGAGCUCGAAGAACAUUACCUUCGGCAUGAUGCCCAUACGCGAUCCUGAAAUGAUCCAUAUCAACUCAUCGCCUGAGGCACCACCACCAAGGAUUCGCAUACUCGAUACACGCCAACGUGAAGUGGAGACUGUACGCAUUGGUGAUCGUCUCAACUUCCGCAUUGAAAUACCCGAAGACACUCCCUAUGGUAUCUUUGCACGUUCCUGCGUCGCGAUGGCUAAGGAUGCACGCACCAGCUUCAAAAUCAUCGAUGACGAUGGCUGUCCCACCGAUCCGACAAUCUUCCCCGGUUUCACCGCCGACGGCAAUGCUUUGCAGUCGACCUAUGAGGCCUUCCGUUUCACCGAGAGCUACGGUGUUAUCUUCCAGUGUAAUGUUAAAUACUGUUUGGGUCCUUGCGAACCGGCUGUGUGCGAAUGGAAUAUGGAAUCAUUCGAAUCCUUGGGUAGAAGACGUCGUCGUCGCGCUGUCGAAAGCAACGAGACCAAGGAAGCUGAUGAUGAUAUGAAUAUCUCGCAAGAGAUUCUAGUCUUGGACUUUGGCGAUGAGAAACGUGAAUUCUUCAAGGCAGAUCCCAGCACAGAUUUUGCCAAAGAUAAGACCGUCACCAUCAUUGAGCCCUGCCCCACGAAGACAUCCGUUUUGGCGCUGGCCGUCACAUGUGCGCUUAUGAUUCUGCUCUACAUUUCGACGUUGUUCUGUUAUUAUAUGAAAAAAUGGAUGCAACCUCAUAAGAUUGUAGCAUAAACAAAAUAUUAAGCAACACAAAAACCCACUCACACACACACACAUACAUAUAAAUUUACGAAAAAAUAAUAACUUAACAGAAGUAAAAUAAAAAAAAAUAAUUGGAGCACAGGGGUAUUGGACUAAAUCAGUAAAAAAAGAGUAAUUUUAUGCAAUGCAAAAAAAUGAUAUUACAACACAAAAAUUAUAAAAAUUAAGUUUUUCAAAAAAAGCUCGCAAAAAGCUCACUUUUGCACGAAAGUUUAAAGCUAGUAAUUUUAAGUUUAAAAUUAAACAAAGAAUAAUGCAUUUCAUAAUAUUAAGCUUAGCAAGAGUCUAAAACGAAAAGCUGGCGUGCCACUUUUCCCGGAAUUUGGUGGUAGCGGGAGCUUGAAAGUUUUCACAAGCUUUGCAUUUUCUCUAAAGGGGUAGUAUAGGCCUAAUGGCAUGCAAUGAAUUAUGCAAUAAUAAGUAAUAAACUAUAUGCGUAUCAUAGUUUUAGUUUAAACAUAUAGAAGUACUUAUACAUAUAUAUAAAAGCUCAGUGGAAUAGAGCUUUUAUUUAAAAUGUUAGUCUUAAUUAUAAUAUUUCAUUCCUACAUACGUAUUUAUAACUACACACUACACUCUCAUCCUAUAUGUUCCACAAAACUUAUGCUAUCGAAUGUGUAACUAGAAGAUCGAACGUGCUUUAGAAGUUUUGAAAAAUGGAUGGAGCUUUCGAACGACACAGUUGAUUGAUGCUAAUUUAUUGAAAACUUCAUAAAUGUAUAACUCACUUAAAAGUUUUGAAGAGCUUCUAAAGCUUUUAUGCUGCUGUGGAAGCUUUUUACGAAAAAAAUAUUAGUAAUUAUUUGAAAUAAUAUUUCGAGUAUAAUAGGCAUUUAUUUAUUCACAUUUUUGAAACAAAUAAACUUUUAAUUAUCUGCAAGGUGAAAGCUUUUGCUAGCUUUUAGUGAAUGCCCUUCCAACUGAUACCCAAAAAUAUUGAACAUUCAAUCAUUUUCAAUAAUAGCAAUUAUUUUUAAAAGUAAUAUCAGUGAAAGCUCCAAUGAAAGCUCAUCUGAGAGAGUGAAAGCUCCAGUGAAAGCUCAGCACAAAGAUUGAAAGCUCUUUCUUUACUUCUUUUAGCCAUUUUCGUCUAAAUUUUACACAUUAGCAACAUUUUAACCAACUAAAGCGUAUCUCUUUAUCUUUAAUAUUUUUUUUAGUAUUUAUCUAAAGCUUAACUAUUUAGCAACAAGGCGCACUUUCUAUGAGGUUCCGAAAACUAAAUAUUGUUUGAAACUAUUAUUGUCUCAAACGCAUAUUUCGGAACCUACUUAUAGAGAUUGGAGCUUUGACUAAAAAAAGAACAUAACAAAACAUAUUUAAUUUUAAAUAUUUAUGCAGACUUUUUACUUUUACUUUCGCGUUUAUUUAUUUAAUUGUAUUUAAUAUUUAACUAAUUUAUAUUUAAUGUCUAAAAUAAAUAAAAAAAAACCUACUCAUUAAAUAAAAAAACUGUGCUUAUUUAUAUUGCAUUUAUCAAGCGAAAAAAGUCGAAACGAAAAAACUUUUUUUUUAAGAAUUUUAGCAAAUUUUAAAACAUAACCUAUAAAAGCUUAAAUUACAAAAUAUUCAGCAAGUGUCAAUACCACUUAAUAAUUAAUGCUUAUACAUUUCAUGCAACUUAUUUAUAAGUUUGUAAAUAAGUUUAAUAAAAUAAAACAACAACAAUACUUAAAACUCAAAUUGAUUAAAUAUUUUUUGUUUGAAAGCGAUAAAAUUUUUAAAUUUAAAUUAAAAUAAAAUUCUACACCGCAAAUAACAUGCGUAAGUGUGAGGUUGCCUUCUAGACAUAUGCAUAUAAAGAAAAUAGUAGUUAUUAUUUAACUUUUAUAAAGCGAAAAUGAAACUGUAAUAGGUGAAGCUAAUUCUUAAAAAUAAAUUUGAAAAAUAAAUAAAGUGAAUCUUUAUAAAAAAACAUA